ACUGGACGUGAAUUACUCUAGUCUCUCGCGACAUCCGAUCAAGAGCGGACGCGGCCGCCAUUUGCAAUUAUUUCCCGCCUAAUUUUGACAGUUCUCUGUGAUCGUCAAUUUAUUAUUGACAAAAUUAUUUUAAACAAUUCAAAAUGGCUACAACAGCAGAUUCAAGUAAGAAUGCAGCAGCGCAAAAUUUAAUGGAGAAAGCCCCAUGGACUGACGAACAAGGCAUAGCAAUGAAGGUGUACAAUGGCUUCUCGUUGGCACUGGAGAUCCUGGUGCUGUACAUCAAGAUGACCCUCACCUGGUUCCACUGCCUCUACCAGUUCUUCGUACCGCCAGAACCCAAGAGUGUCAAAGGCGAGAUCAUAUUGAUCACUGGUGCAGGUCACGGCAUGGGUCGGGAGACAGCGCUGCGGUUCGGCAAGUUAGGCGGCAUCAUCGUCUGCGUGGACAUUAACCCUACUGGCAACCAGGAGACUGUUGACAUGAUCACGGAACAGAAGGGGAAGGCUCAUCGAUAUGAAUGUGACGUCACAGACCGUGAAGCCAUAGCGGUAUUAGCAGAGAAUAUUCGUCGUGAAGUGGGCGAGGUUACGAUGCUAGUGAACAAUGCUGGCAUCAUGCCUUGCAAACCUUUGCUGCAGACCUCUGAGAAGGAGAUCCGCACUUCAUUCGAAGUUAACAUCAUCGCUCAUUUAUGGCUUCUCCAAACAUUCCUUCCAUCAAUGAUGGAGCGCAACCACGGCCACAUCGUCGCCAUGUCGUCGAUGGCCGGAGUAGUGGGGCUCCGCAACCUCGUCCCGUACUGCGCCACCAAGUUCGCCGUCCGAGGACUCAUGGAGGCACUCCAUGAGGAACUCAGAGAGGACAAGACUAAGGACUACAGUGGCAUUAAAUUCACAGUGAUCUGUCCCUACAUCGUGGACACGGGGCUGUGCAAGAACCCGAAGGUGAAGUUCCCCACUUUGAUGAAGAUCCUGACGCCGCAGGAGGCAUCCGACCAGAUCGUAGACGCCGUCAGGAGGAACUACAAUGAAAUCACUAUUCCUAGCUCACUCUAUUAUAUUAAUCUGAUAUGCAGAGUUUUCCCGAAGCAAGUGCCACUAUAUCUAAAGGACUUUUUAGAUUCUGGUCUAGAAGCCGACCCUUAAAUAUAAUAAACAUUUAAGUUAAUAUAGGGACAUAAUCACCUAAAACAAAGGGCCUAGUUCAAGAUUGUUUUAUUAAGGCAUGCUUGAAAAAAUCAACCAAUCACAACGCGGAAUGAUUUGAUCUCGUUAGACGUAACACAACCUUGCACUAAGCCCUUUGAGUAACGCAAGGAUUUAGGCUCAAGUCGUAAGGACCAAAAAUCUACAUAACUUAGCUUUAGAAUACUAAAAGUACACGAAAACCUACUUAAGAUUACCAAUAUGGUUUUAUAAGUACUCAUUCAGAAAUCAGAAAUCAGAAAUCAGAAAUUGAAGAAAUCAUUUAAAGCAUAAUAUAUAUUUAUUUAUCAAUGUCAUUUUUAGAAUUAAAAACUUUGGGAUUUUUUUUUGGAAUUCCAAAUUCGAAAAUGUUUUUUUUUAUUUUAUUAUUUACACCGAAAUAGGUACCUACUUGUAAAUUGAUUUGAAUGUUUCACAAUUCAAAUUAUUAAGCAGGUUGGUAACCUAGACGUUCUUCUAGCUAAGAAAAAUAAUGUAGAAAUAGUUGUUUGGUUAGGAGGUUUUUAAAAAAAUUAUAUUCUUGUGGUUUAUUGGGUAAUUUCAUAAGUACUCGUUAAAGUAAACUUAUAAAAUAUUUAUUAAUGAAAUCAUAUCAAUAAAUCGUCUUACGAUUUCUAUUUCAAAGAUUACAAUUAAAAAACACAUUUUAUAUAAAUUGGAUGUAUAAAUAUAAGAUCUGUUUUUACUUUUAUAUUUGUAAGAGAAAAAAUAUUUAAAAUUGUUUAUGAAGACGUCAUUGAAAUUACCGAUUAGACCUUACGAACUGAAACGAAUCUUAAUUUUUCUUAUAACAUUUUUAGAUUAGUUUUAGAAUAAUAUUUGACUGUAAAAGUCAAAUAUUAAAUGAAAUUGUGUGAUAUGCAGUGCCUAGAUAUAAUAUACAAUAACAUAGUAUGAUUGAAACUGAUUUUAAUAGUCUUGCCCUUUAUAAAAAAUCAUAAACUCCUAUUAUAUAAUAAUUAUACAUUUUAUAUAUACUACAUAUACU